CUGCAUCCUCCAAACCAUCUCGCUAAACUCAACUACCCACAGUGACAAAAACACUCAAAAAUGCUACUAGACACCCUCCUCACCCUCUGCGGCCUAACCCUCCUCUUCACCCCCACCUCACCCUCCUGGAGCACAAGCUUAAACCUCCUCUUCUUCUACAUAACCUGGUCAACCCUUCUCCUAGCGCACCCACCGCUGCGCGUGGAGCUCCUCGGAACACUGAUCUCGCGAUUCAUAUUCUUCUGGCUGCCGGCCCUAUUCUUCUACCUCCUGGACACGGCACUUCCCAGCAUAACAUCAGAAUGGAAGACCCACACCGGCACGAAUGCGCAGUUUGACAGGCGGGCUGGCAAGGUGGUCGCGGUGGCGAUGGGAAAUAUGCUGCUAGGUGUAGGGGCUCAAGGGGUUGUGGAGUGGACGCUUGUGGAGGUUGCGGGGUGGAAUAGCGCGGUUAGGGUUUCCAGUAGUAUGCCAUUGCCAGGCGGGGUGGUGUGGGAUUUAGUGAGGGGACUGGUAUUGAAGGAGGUUUUGCAAUACUACCUCCACCGCUACUAUCUCCACUCUGCUACCAGCCUCCACACCCGGUGGCAACAUGCGCCCCCAACCCCACCCCCGCUCUGGCCCGCACUAGCACACUACGACCAUCCACUGCCAUACCUCAUACACCGCUUCAUACCGGUCUACGCCCCCGCCGCGUUCCUUCAUUUCCACGCGCUAACAUACUUUGCCUUCAUCUCAAUUGUAUCGCUGGAAGAAGCCUUUACUCAUAGUGGGUAUGGAAAGCCCUUCUUUUCAGGCUUGGUGGGUUGUGCGGGGAAGAGGACUGCGGUGCAUUAUUCCUCCAAGGGGAUGGGAAAUUAUUCCACUUGGGGGGUGUUGGAUUGGGUUCAUGGAACGCUGGUUGGUGGGAAGGUUGGCAACAGGGGUGGAAAGAAGGCGCGGGGGGUUGUAAAGGAGAGGGGGUUGGACAGGGAGGAUGGUAGGUAGUGGUAGCGAUCUAGGAGUGGACCUGGGUAGUGUUUGGAGUUUGUGAAGGCU